ACCGAAAUCCAAACCGUCCGCCUUGUUGACGAAUGACAAAAGGGUCAUCUGUCUGUCAGGGUCGGCUGCGAUGGCCGCUGCAUUAACAGGCCGUCUUGGCCGUCAGGUCACAAACAAGUUGAUUCCGACACUUUUGCAGCCGAAAAUCAGGUUUAGGAUCAAACUCGAGCAUGGUUUCCGCCACUCCCCUGCCCUGUUUGUGGUUGGCGCUGAAAUCAAGAUGCCCUCUCUGUCACCGACCAUGGCCGAGGGUACAAUUGUCAAAUGGAUGAAAAAGGAGGGCGACCCGAUUGCAGCCGGCGACGUUUUGUGUGACAUCCAGACAGACAAGGCAAUUGUUUCUUUUGAAACUGAGGAAGAAGGAAUUCUGGCCAAAAUUUUGAUUGGUGAUGAUGCUAAAGACAUCAAAGUAGGAACUUUGAUUGCUUUGAUGGUGGCUGAAGGUGAAAACUGGAAGGACGUUGAAAUGCCAGCUGCAGAUGCUGCACCUUCUUCAUCUUCAGAAACACAACCAGCUGCUAGUCAAAGUUCUCAGACUGCCAGUUCAGCCACAAAACACUCUGUCGGUCAUGCUGGUAUUCAAGGCCCAGCUGUCCAUCGACUUCUUCAGCAAUUUGGGCUUGAUGCAUCGGACGUCCCUGCCACAGGACCAAAAGGCAAUCUUUUGAAAGGAGACAUUUUAAAUUUAGUUAACCAGAAAGGCCUGAAACCUAAGCCACCUCAAACAGUUUCUUUGCCUGCUGCUGCCAAACCGACAGCAGCUGCUGUGUCCGUGGCUCCUGCUUCAAAAGCCAGACAACCUGCUAAGAGCGGAAGCAAAUUUGUUGAUGUAGAAUUGACCAGCAUGCGAAAAACUAUUGCUAAGAGAUUAUCACAAUCAAAGUCGACAAUUCCACACUCAUACGGAAGCAUUGACUGUGACAUCUCCGAGGUGCUCAGAUUGCGAAAGGUUUUAAAAUCUGAGGGCAUCGCCACAUCUGUCAAUGAUUUUAUCAUCAAAGGCGUCGCUACUGCACUCAGACAAUAUCCUAACAUUAAUUGCAUUUGGAACGGAGAGCAGGCUGUUCCGGUACCCGACGUUGAUGUCUCGAUUGCGGUUGCCACUGACACAGGCCUCAUAACACCCAUAGUAAAAAAAGCCAGUGAUAAAGGCGUGCAGGAAAUCUCAGCCGUUGUCCGAGAUUUAGCAGCAAGAGCAAAGCAAGGAAAACUCCAGCUUAACGAAUUCCAGGGCGGCAGUUUUACCAUUUCUAACCUGGGAAUGUUUGGAAUAAAUUUCUUCAGUGCCAUCAUAAACCCUCCUCAGUGCAGCAUUUUGGCAGUCGGCGCUGGUCGUCUGAUAUUAGGUUCUGAUGGAAAACCAGUGCAAAGCAUGUGUGUGACUUUGAGCUACGACAGAAGGGCGAUUGACGAAGAACAAGCAGCAGAGUUCCUUGCUGGCCUAAGAGAUAUCUUAGAAGACCCAUCUCGCAUGAUAUUAGGAGGAGUUCCAUCUUCAAUAAAAGCUAGAGUUGGCAUUUGAGACUUCCUUAGGAAGUCAUCACAACCCUCUAGUUAGUCAAUCAAGCCAUUCAAAUGAAAUUUAAUUUGGCUAGUUGAUAAAUAUUGGAUGUAUAUCAAUGCCAGCGGACAAAUAAUGGUUGUAGAUGAAAAAAGCACAAUUUUGAUUAGUGGGCCAUUCUUUUGAAACUUCUCUUGCCUAUCUUCAUGAGGUGCCCUUUGUUUCAUUUAAAUCCGUAACUUGCCCUUUGUAGCAUGCUUUGCAACAUCCGAUGGUUUUGUUGAAUGUUAUUUAUUUGGUCAAAUGUGCUGAUAACCAAUAAACUCCCGUUACUCGUUAA